CUCAGUAUAUUUAUGCUACUUACACAUUACACACAUAUAAUUGUCACUAUCUGUAAUAGGUUUUCUGUCUUAAAAUUUACGAUCAGACGCGGUUAGAGAAGCUAACAAACGCUUUUUUAGUUUUAAUCGGUCUAAUGUUGAUUUAACUCCUUUUUAAAAUUUAAAUGAUUUAAUAUAUCUCACUCGUUUUUUAAACACUUAAUCAGCAAAGAUGACAACAGACAUGUCUUCCAUAAAGUCGUCUCCGGUGACACACGUAUUGUUCACACUGGUGUUUUUAGUGUCUGGCCUUACUGUCAACUUGUUACAGUUAUUAUUUUUUAUAACUCUGUGGCCACUAAACAAGGAUCUUUUCAGAAAAAUCAACUACUAUUUUUCAUACAUUAUUUACUCAGAACUCGUUUUCUUGUCCGAUUGGUGGGCUGGUAUACCGUAUUACUUUUAUAUAAACAAAGAGGAUUACAAGUUCUUCGGCAAAGAACAUGCGAUAUUCAUCAUUAACCACAAAUACGAAAUUGACUGGCUAACUGCUUGGGUCGUACACGAUCGAAUCGGUGGAAUUCUUGGGAACUGCAAAGCAUUCGCAAAAAAUAGUCUCAAAUACAUGCCCGUGAUUGGUUGGGCUUGGUGGUUCGGUGAAUUCUUAUUCCUUCAGAGAGACUUGGUAAAAGACAAGCACACAAUCGAAACGAAGCUCGGAAAGUUGUUCGAACAUGGAAACCCAGUCACGAUGUUGCUAUACGCAGAAGGCACCAGAUUCACAAAGGAUAAACAUGAGGCCAGCAUUAAGUUUGCUCGGUCUAAAGGACUGCCGGAGUUAAAGGAACACUUACUCCCGAGGACUAAAGGUUUCAGUAUUGGAUUGCCUCAUUUUAGACACAAUUUGCCAGCCGUCUACAACGUUCAAAUUGCUUUUAAAGGAGGAGAAAAACCAUCGCUGAGAGCGUUGUUAAGUGGUCAACGGUUUGAGGCACACGUGUACAUGGAAAGAAUACCCAUUGAACAGGUUCCAGAUGGUGACAAGGCGUGUGAAAAAUGGAUGUACGACAUGUACGAGAAAAAAGAUAAAAUGAUGGUCAGCUUCUUCAACACAGGAGAUUGGUUCAAGGAAAGUGGCGUAACACCAGUGGAGAAAUUUGUUCCGCCAUAUCGUUAUUAUUGUCUUCUAAACAUGAUUUUUUGGUCAAUCGUAGUUUUAGUACCUAUUUUCUACUUGGCAUUUAACAUAUUCAUUUCGGGAAAUAUACUUCAUAUAUUAUUGUUGGUGGUACCAAUUGGUUUACUUCACGUAGUCUUAUCCAAAAUGUUGAACGUUUCUGAAAUAAGUAAGACAUCUUCACAAUACGGUACAGAGAAACAAAAAACAAAAUAAAUACAAAUUAAUAAAGUAAAGAACAAAUAUUUUGUUUGAAGUAAUAAUUAUAAAAUACAAGUUAAAAAUAUUUGUUUAAAUAUUUAUUGGCUUUUGCCAUAGACCAUAUAGCUAUACUGUAUAUUCUAAUUUAAAUUGUUUUGACGUUUACUAUUUUUUAAGCUACCUCUUUUUUCUUAAAAUAAAAAUAAGAUAUUUUGUAAAUAUAAAA